AUGCUAGUCAAAGAUUACUCGACAUUCAAAAGACUAUUAUUAUCUAAAAUGACCAAGAAAUUGACAGAGUUGCCCAAAUCUUCAUCUUUCGCAAACGCAUUACCCCCAGACAAUAAAAUACUUAGCAAAGAGGAAGCAUUGAAGAAUGAAAAUGGAAUUAUAAACAAACCCAGAGUAUUACAGGAGGGUGCAUUUUCAUGGACUUUGCCAGAAAAGAGGCCUGAGUACAAGUUCCUUAUAGCAAGUGAAGUUGCCUUGAAGGAUUUAGGAUUGGCUCUGCUGGAACCCCAGAAUCCAGAAUUUCAAAAAAUAGUUAGUGGUGAAUUUUACUUAGAGAACGAGGAUAAAUUAGUUAGUGAUGAUUUUCCAUACCCUUUCCCUUAUGCGCAAGCUUAUGCUGGAUGGCAGUUUGGACAAUUUGCAGGCCAAUUGGGUGAUGGUAGAGUAACCAAUUUAUUUGAAGUACCCAAGCCCGACAGUAAUGUUUCGAGCAGAGAUCGUAGGCUCUAUGAAAUCCAACUCAAAGGGUCAGGGAAGACCCCUUACUCCAGAUUUGCAGAUGGUAAAGCGGUAAUCAGAUCGUCAAUUAGGGAGUAUCUAAUUUCAGAACACCUUAACGCUAUUGGAAUUCCAACAACACGUGCUCUCUCACUAACAUAUUUGCCAAAGACAUUGGCCCAAAGACAUAGAGCAGAAAGAUGCGCCAUUGUAGCAAGGUUUGCUGAGCUGUGGAUAAGAUUGGGAACUUUCGAUUUGUACAGAUGGAGAGGUGAUAGGCUUGGUAUAAGGAACCUUUCUGAUUAUGUUAUCAAGAACUUAUUUACAACAGGGUCAUCCAAACCACAACAAUUUGCUCAGUUUAAUGACCUCUUACAACUGAAGGAUGAUUUCUUCGAUUCUUCAAAGGUUACAUUGGGAAGUGAACUUACUAUUUACGAUAAAAUGUACUAUGAGAUUAUUGUAAGAAAUGCUCAAACUACUGCAAUGUGGCAAGUUUAUGGUUUUCUUAACGGAGUUUUAAACACUGAUAAUACUUCUGUUUUGGGUCUUUCAAUGGACUUUGGACCUUUUCUGAUAAUGGAUAAGUUCAACCCUAACUAUACUCCAAACUCUGAAGAUCACGAGCAAAGGUAUGGCUACAAAAAUACUCCCACAUCAAUCUGGUGGAAUUUGACUAGAUUGGGUGAAAACUUGGCCGAGUUGAUCGGAGCAGGAUCUGAAUUGAUAGAUGAACCAAAAUUUAAGAAUGAAGGUGUAUUGAAAAAGGAAUGGGAAGAUAGAAUCAUUACGAGAGCCACUAAAGCAAUUGAAGUUGGAGGCGAAAUCUACAAAUAUGCCUUUACAAAGAAGUAUGUCGAGACGAUUUUUAAUAGGUUGGGAUUGUCACAGGACAUUAUUGACAUUAAGAAUCCUGAAAUUCAUAACAGUGAGUUGAUUGCUCCGCUCCUUGACAUAUUGCAAAAAGCACAGUGUGAUUACAAUAAGUUUUUCUUAAUCUUGCAAAAGGAUGCAUCCUUGAAUGGAAUAAGCUUGACAAAAUCGAUUUUAUUGCCCGAUGUUUACAACGAAUCUGAUGUGCUGGACAAAGAAUUGUAUGAAGAAGUAUCCAACUGGCUCAAAGUGUACCAGAGCUACUUGAAUAAGAGUAAAGGACUGAGGAAUGAUAUUUCUUCCCAAUACAAUCCUCUUUUCUUGCCAAGGAACUGGAUUUUGGAUCAAGUUAUCGAAAAAGUAGAAGAGCUGAAUGGUGAAGACUUGCUGUACCUUGAGAAGUUACAAAAUAUGUGCUUGUAUCCAUACGAUAGCGAAAAAUGGGGUGAAGAGUUGAAGGAAAUAGAGCAAAAAUGGUUAUUACAAGGUGAUAUAGGAGAAGACCGCUCAAUGUUACAAUGCAGUUGUUCUAGUUAA